UCGAAUCGGUGACCCACCAAUCAUCGGCGCCGAACAAAAUGAGUGGUCGAAUCGGUGACCCACCAAUCAUCGGCGCUGGCACGUAUGCAUGUGAAGUCUGCGGUGUCUCAUGCACUGGUGAAGGUGAAGCUAUCAUACGUAGCACUCUUGCUCGUGAGGUAGCAGCAGUUAUGGAGUACCAAGGUUUGAGUCUUCAACAAGCUGUGGAUUUUAUCAUCAAACAUCGUCUUGAUCAAGGACAAGCUGGUCUUAUUGCUGUGUCUAGUAAGGGUGAAGUGGCUUAUGGGCGUAAUUGUAAUGGCAUGUUUAGGGGUUGUGCUGAAGAGAAUGGCUUCAUGGAGGUGGGAAUAUGGUAAUAGCAAGUAUAAGAAGUAUAAAUACUAAAUAUUACUACUCCUUUUUUAAUGGAGUUUUAGGCUUUAAUUAGGUUUAUUAGUCCUAGUCAUUAGUCAUUUGGUAUUUCCUAGUCCUAGAAAGUGUUUAGCUAUUUUGUUUUUUCAGUGAUAGCAAUUAUGGUAUAAAUAAAAUACAUGUUUUUAGUAUUUUAUCUUGUUGGUACUAUAUUUUCCAGAAUAUGAAGCUUGUGAGUUUACAAGGUUC